AGCAUGAGCAGAAAUACCAACAGUGAUGCAAAGAUUCCCCACGGAAGCCUGAAUCCACCUUUGUAUAACGUUGGGAUGCUAGCAUUAAUUAGCAUAUGUCUGUGUGAUGCUCCCUGUGGAUCAAGCAGCUUGCACACCUAGCAUGCUAGCAUAAGUUGAUAACUCCACCCUCACUUCGGGCUCCAAGAUCCAGCUCGGUGACGGAGGCGAGGCUUCAAAGGGCGGAGCUCACCGGCAACAGUAGCCUGUGGCCAUCUUUUAUAUACAGUGUGUGCUGCGGCUCCACUAAAUGCAUAAGGUCACAGAGUUUAGGAUUCACAUUAAUUAAUAAUGGUGCUUUUGUGUGCUGGAACACGUCUAUGAGCAGCUGCAGCAGAUGCUGAGGCUGGUCCCGGGUCAGCUGCAGGCUGCAGUCUGAUGUUUGGGAAUGACUGAUGUUAUUUUCUCACAGCCAAAAUGGCGUGACUGACUGCAAGGGCGCGAGCGUGGGCCAAGACAUGUGGGCGGGAAAAUGCUGCUGCGCCUCUACUCGGGUCUUUCCGGCCUCCUCCGGAGCGGCUGAACACGCGCGACUCACAGAGCAGCAGCAACCGCAGCAGCAGCGCCGAAGAGCCGCUGGAGGAGCUCCGCGACCCGCCGCCGAUUUUAACCCAGAUUUCCGUCGGGAACUCGGGAAGGCGGUGGGCUGGGGGCUCGGGCACAGAAGAAUGAGAGAGCCCUCUCACCGCAGGGCGCGCAAACAUGAACGGGGCCGUGUAUAUGUCGUUCUUCCAGGGCCAGCUGGAGUCCGUGCUCGAGCAGGUCGUUCAGCUCGCUGUCCAGGAAAUAAGCAAGACGGUGGGCUCCAGCCUGAAUGGCCUCCUGCUGGAGACGGCCGUGAAGGAGCAGGAAAACCGCCGGCUCGGGCUCCAGCUCCAGGCGCGGGAGAAACGGGGCCGAGCCUCCGCUUCAGACGACGGAGGAGGAGGAGGCUCCCCGGUGGCUGGUAAGAACAAAGCCGGGGAGAGGGCGGAUAGCGGGCGGGCGAAACCCGAGCAGCAGCCCGGGGGACAGGGCACGGGGCCUGGCGUGCCCACCGACACACGCCGUCUGGAGCAGAGAGGACGAGUCGUGGACCAGCUGAAGUCCGUCAUGGAGCACGUCCUGGACUUCGCCGUGCGUGAGCUGACGAAGAUCGUGGAGGCGUCAUUCGACGACCUGCUUCUGGAGAUCACCAAGAUGGAGCGAGAGCAGCAGCUGCUGGAGAAGAGGCUGGGAAAGGGCGCUGAACGAGGAGGCGGGGACAAAGGGAAAGGCGGCGGUAGGGGGAGGAGGGGCUCAGAGAACGACUCUGUGUCCCCGAGCGGCUCAGAAGACGCCCGUGAGGAGGUCGCUGUGGUCACUGCGUCCAAAGAGACGCCGCAGACACACGUCCCGGAGCGUCCCCCCGUCCUGUCUGUCUCUCAGGACUGGGUUCCCAUCCUGGACAAAGUCUUCGGUCAGAAGUGGUGCAGCGACGUCUGGAACGUCAAAGAGGUUGGCGGGGGUGGAGGAGGAGGAAGUGGGCGGGGGUUAGGAGAGAGUGUGACUCAUAUUGUCCCCGCCCCCACCCCGGCAGUGACCCUGGAGCCCUCCCCCUCCUCCCCACAGCAGGACCCCCGCUGGACUCCUUUGGAGGACAUGGAGGUGUUUUCUCCCGAUGAAGAUGAAGCUGCGGGCAGUCUGAUAAGCGCUGCCGCCGCUGUCAGACCUCCACCCGGACCUCCACCCGGACCCCCCCUCAGCCCCACAUGUCAACGGUCCUCAGCCUCCAUGCUUCAUCGCCUCCUCACGCUCCCCUCCCAGCUGCUUGAUGAGGAUGAGGAAGCCACCGCCAAGGAGACGCUCGGCUGUCUGGCGUUUGACGGCUCCAUCAGGCCGCAAGACGCCGUCGAGCCGCCUGCUCAGACUGGCAGAGAGGAGGAGGAGGAGGAGGGAGAGGAGGAAGACGAGGAGGAUAAAGGGAUGAAGCGGAAGCGGCGGCGGGUUUGGUCUGAGUGCGAGGAGUGCGGCCGCAGGUUCAGCCGGAUAGCCCUCCUGAAGGCUCACCGCCAGACUCACAGCGCUGGAAACGCCGCCACAUCAUCGCCUUCAUCGCCGCCCGCCGGAGCUGCCUCGCCACUCCGCUGCUCCGACUGCGGCAAAAGGUUCUCCUCGGCAACACGUCUCCACAGCCACAUCCGGACUCAGCAUCACAGCGACCAAUCCUGAUCUGGGACCAGACGGUACGCAGGCGAGAGCAGCAGGACGUUUUAUUCUGUUACACAGACAGUUUGGAAGGCCACAGGAAGUAACUGCAAAACUGACCUCUAAUCAGAGCGGCCUGCUCUCAUUGGUACCCCCGGAGCAGGAUCCCGGGUUCUGAACGAUCCGGCUCAGCGACAGGAAACGUUAGAGCGAAAACGUUCUGCCAAAGUUUUUUUUUUUUCUAACUUUGAUGUUUGUUUCUUCAAAUAUUUAAAAUUCCUGAAAGUUUUCAGGUCUCUAACUUUUUUAUUUCUCAACCAGAAAAACUUUAGACAAAACAGAACACAGUCGCGGGCUGCGUCUGAAGUUCGUUUCGAUUAUUUUCAGAUUAUUUUUUUAAUUCAGUAAUUUUUCUGAAAUUUGAGCUCAAAACAGAAAGAAAUCUAAAAUUGUCACGUUUACUAACAUUUGGUCUGGAACAAACCGCUGAAACUGUUUGAUUUCAGUUUGACAGGAAGACGAGCGAGGAAAAAUCUGACAUUUAUUUGAAGUUUAUUAGAACAAUUUCAAAAUUAAAGCCUCAAAUUCAGGAGGAAGAUCGGUGUAAAGUCUGCAUGUCUUUGGGUUUAUACGGAGGCCAAUUCGCACAUUUGAGAACCUGGAAACGUUUUUUGGAGGUGACUCGACAGCGUGAAUCUGAACCAGUGCAGAAACUUUUGAGGCGGAGGAGGUCAAAGGUCAGGGGUAACUGAGGGAAAACACGCACACAUCCUCCUCCUGUAAAUUGUAGGCUUGUUUUGGCUUCUUUGCUCACUGCCUGCUGGUUUGUGUCUGUGCGGCGUGCACACGUUUUCUACUCGUUUGGUUUUGAAGUGCCCUUUUUUAGGUUUCUCUUUGGAUUAUCGUCGAGUCCAUGUCUGUGGUUUUAUCAGCGUUCCUCGAUCAACUCCGAGGACGAAAACACACAGGGAAGGAACAACUUCCUGUCCAUCGGAGGGGUCUUCAGUUCCAAUGCGAAGCUCAGCGGUGAGCUCCUUCCUCCUUCCAUCUCACCAACACAAAAUGUGUCACACUUGCAGAAUUUCUUUGUUUUCUCAUAUUUUGUUGUUCAGACAUAAUUGAACUCCAUGAAGCUACGAGUCGCCUCAGCGUUAGCAUUUUACCCACAGCUCAGACUGGUUAAACCAGCUGAGCUCACAGCAGUCAUAUUAUGGGGUGAGGUGAAGCUAGCAGCUACAGCCGCCUGUGUCACCAACCACCUAUCUGAGGCCACGCCCCUAAUAAUGCAACCUUUAAACAGGUGAGUUGUGAAAACAUUCUGCCCCGUACAGGAAAUGAUCCACAGAGACCAAUGUGUUUAUUUUAACAUGGGAGUCUAGGGGGGCUGACUCACUGCUGCCUCUGCUGGGCGUCAGAGGAACUGCAGUCAGUUUUUAUCAUGAAGGCUGGAUUAUGAGAUUGAAACUUUGACUUAUGGUAAAUGGUAAAUGGCCUGUAUUUAUAUAGCGCUUUUACUAGUCCCUAAGGACCCCAAAGCGCUU